AUGAACGAUAGUCACUUCAUCUACGCUGAGCUCCUCUCGAGCAUUGUGCGCUUCAACAACUUUAGCACCAUUUUGUACUUUGGUCCCGAGGAUGCACGAGAGCAUUGCCAACUGGAGCAAUGGGUAGAAUGGACGGGCAACGCGAUACCCUGGCUAAUCUGGCGCUCCGAGGCAACACUCAAACUGAGUCAGUUCAUCAAUGCUGAGCUGUUGGUGUUGGCCUGUUUGCCCAGGAUAUAUCGCAGGGAUUUGCUAAGCACGGUGACGCAAUCGUUGCAGCACUUAAGACAGGCCAAAAUGCUCAUCGAAUUGGCAAGUGAAGAGGAUGUGGGUCUGGUCAGUCGAGUGUUGUUAUUCUGCCGUCAAAAUGAGAUGCUGAAUGUGGCCGCAAUCUUCUCAAACUUUGGACAAACGCAGUCAAUUUAUAGCUACGCUGCUUAUCCGCAAUUCGAGCUAAGAAUGGAAAGAUUUGAGCAGCAUUUUUACAACUUAUAUCCCGAGCAGAGUUUGGAUUUGAAAGGCUUUCGAUUGCGCACCCAACCCGAUCUAUCUGAACCCAACUCCAUACUCUCUUUCGAUGAUCGGGGACAACCUCGUCUCUUUGGCUACGUUUGGAACAUGGUAGAGGAAUAUGCACGAAAGCAUAAUGCGCAGCUCCAACUCAGUUAUAUUCCCGAGCAGGAUAAACCCUUGAGUCACAUUCAAGUGCUCGAUCUGGCCAGAGAUGGAUAUGUGGACAUCGCAGCCAGUGUGCAGCCGGUGACGAUGCGUUACAUUGAACGCUAUCAUGAGUACGCUUAUCCCGUGCACAUGGGCAGCUGGUGCACCAUGUUGCCCAAGGAACCUCUCAUUGGUGUAAGGGAUUCCUAUGCCUGGCUAAUGCCCAUCGAAACAAUUUGCUUCCUCUGCGUGCUUUGGCUGAUCUACGAAUCGCUGCGCGGACGUUGGCAGCGGCAUCGACGUCUGCUCUCCAUCGGUUGGUGGCUCCUGGCUGUGCUAUUGGCCACCAAUGUGCUGGGUCGUCUGGUCUCCUUGUUUGUUGCGCCGCCCUCGAAGCCGCCCAUCGAUAGCUUUGCUGCGCUGGACAAGUCGAAAUUACGCGUCUUUGGAUUGCGUAGUGAAUACAACGCCUAUGACUUUGAUAUGCGCACUCAGUAUUCGGCUAUUUUCCAGCUGAGCGAUAAGAUGUCUGAGCUGAUAGCGCUGCGCAAUUCGCUAAACACUUCUUUUGCCUACACUGUCACCCACACCAAGUGGUUGCUCUAUGAGGAGCAACAGUCGCAUAGCUCGAGACCUUUGUUUUACUUCUCCCAGGAUCUGUGCUAUUAUCAGUUUAUUCCCUUUGCUCUGGUCAUACCCGAGAACUCGCCGCAUCGUGCUGCACUGGAUCACCUCAUGUUGCAAUUUGGACAGUCGGGUCUCUAUGCGCAUUGGACGGCCAAAAGUUUCCACUACAUGGUCCAAGCGGGUCGGCUGCAUAUGCGCAACUUCAGUGAUCCUCACGUAAUUCGACCAUUAAAGAUACGGGAUGUGCAUCAUGUGCUUUUCUUCUAUGCGAUAUGUGUGCUCAUUAGCUUGAUUCUGUUUGCCUCGAGCUAA